AUGGACCCAACAGCGCUUGAGCGGCUUCAAAAGCUGCAAAUGGCUGAUUUGGGUACGGCGAGACGAGAAUUCAUCACAACCACGGAUGAUAAGAAACGUCAGGCGCAUUUGCGCCUUGAACAAAUCGAAGCCAGGAGAGCGUCGAAUAUCCCUGGCACUGCUGCUCAGCGUGAUGCUGAACAGCACAAAGAAAAGUUGGCGGCAUGGUCAGACUUGUACAAAUCAGUCGCUGAUACAGAAGGCCUCGAGCACCUUGAUGACAUGAUGCACGGACAGAGCCACCGUGCCCAUUUGACAGCCAUGUUGCAUCAAGGUGAAGGUCAAGAUUAUUCGCUCAAAGAGACCAAGGGCUCUAAGAAACAUCACAUUCAUCCCCCAACGUCCCUGGGUCGUGGCGGCGGAGUGAUUGGGACCAGAGGGCGUGGUUCGAAGAUAUCCUCUAAGCUGGACCCUGCCUUGGAUUCUAACAGCGACGACAGCCCUCGGGGCAGGGGAAGAGGAAGAAGAAAGGAUUCCAUUCCCAGGGCUGCCGCUAUUCGAGCCAGGAGGCCGAUAGAGGAUUUCUCGAGAAAGAUCACAGCCCCAGAGGUUUUUAUGGCUGCUGCUCGAAAGACCUAUUGGUCUGCACCGGAUUCUGAUCAAAAUUCGUCGGCCCCAUCGCCUCGGGCCGCAUCUAUGGCCACCACCAAACAACCCCAGCAUCAAGCUAGAUCUCCCCAGCCCGAAAAAGCCACUCCGGUCUCGACGCCUGCCAAUGGCAGAGCGGCUGUCGUGUCGGCUUCGAUUUCUGCCUCAAUCUUUGCAAGAGCUUCGCCAUCCACUCCGGCUGUUACUAAAACCCCUACUGCACCAUCCUCGAUUUCAACUUCAAGGUUUGCGGAGACACCGACGCCUCCCUCUCGGACCCGGACACUGCCGCCGGUCAAGCCUAUUGCAUCCAAUAUGCCAAAGAAAGCUGCUCCGCCUUCUGAGUCUGUCGCUUCGAAGGGUCAAAUCGCACGGGAAUCACCCUAUUCCAUCUCGCAUGAUUCACGCAUCACGGGUUUGAGAGGGAGACCCUUUGGUAUGGCACAGGUGACUAGUGACUCUCAACGAAAGGAUGCCAGAAAGAGUAUCUUCCAUGAAGGCCCAACAUCUUCAUCCAGAGUGAACAUUCCAACGACUCCUGGCAGUUCAUUUGCUUUCCCGGACCAUGGCCGCGCGAACAAGAGUCUCAUUGAGAACGACUCUGGUGAAGAUCUCAUCGAUAUGCACGCUGGCUCCCCUGAGAAAGAAGAAAUCGAACAAGAGCCAAAUGAAGUCAUCUUGAGUCCAGGACUUGCGGACUUGAAGGGCCUGGAAUUUUCUGUGGAUACUGAAAAGGCAUUGAUAACGAUGCCCUCUGUUCCUUCGGAGGUGGAUACGUCUACUCAGAGCUUGGAGAAACAACCAGAAUCCAAGGAAGAAGUGCAGAAGGCGCAAUACAUGAGCGAGCUGUCGAAACUUGCCAGGGACUUGGUGGAGAAAUUGAGCGAUUGCCAGAAUACUCUGGGAGAGAACGUCGUCCGAGCUCUUGGUGUAUCUCCAGAAAUGCAGUCCAUGGCGGCAGCUCUUGCAUCCCCACUGACUCUGCCAGCUCCUAAUAACACACCAGCCAAACCGGGAUCUGAGCGGAGCAACUCGAUCCAGUCUCCACUCACUUUCCCAGCUGCUACUAUCGCACCUGCCAAAAAUGCAUCUGAGCAGAAUAAUAAGAUCCAGUCUCCGCUCACCCUCCCGACUACUACUCCAACGCCGGGGAAAGCAACAUCUGACCAGAGCAAUCCGACCCAUACUCCAGAAUUCAGCAGUUCAUUUAUGCGGGACUGGCUGCAGGAAACCCCCACCGGGCCACAGGCCCCUUCGACAAUCAGGCCAAGCUUCUCGGGAUAUCGAUCCCCUGUUCACAGCCCCUCUUCCAGCGACUCUAUGGUCCACCCGACGCCCAUUGAAGCCCAGCCGCCCAUGACUCCACUGAAGAGCGAUCGCUCAGAUUGCAUGAUCGGGUUCGAAACACUCAGGGUUUCGGACCCUUCCGAGGCUGAGAAACCGCAGGUACUCCAAGAGAAUAAGCCAGGCCCAGCUCCCAAGGCAAUUGACACGAUUUCGGAGAGAAUUUGGUCUAAAGCGAACCCAGAGUCUGAAGCUACUAACACACGCGAGCAAGAGAAAAAGAAUAACCCUCUGGACAAAUCGAUCCAUGCGGUUCCUUGGACUCUCUACCAUGAAUUCGGAAAGGCCAAAGUGAUUGGGGUUAGACCACCUCCUUCGAUGACGGGCAACAUGUCAAAGCGGGUGGUGAGCGAGGUGCAAAGCAAGCCUGCCAUCGCUAUGUCAAUGCGAUCUUUGUCGCAAAGCAACCCCAAUAUUCCCCAGCGGCCGACCCAGAAACUGUCUGGGGUCCGGACCAUCGGUCCUCCUCCACCCAUGCUUCGCUCCACGAUCUCUUCUGACAAGCAUCCCAAGGAAGUCUCUCGCGCACCUCUUCCAUCUUCGCAGCAGUCAACCGCGAGAGCGGUUCCCAAGGCCGAGAAUCAGCCCAAUGUGUCUGUCCUUGGCCCUGCUCCGUUCAAUCCUCGUCGCCAGUAG